AUGGCGGAAGCCGCCGCGUUGGGAGCGGCGGCGGAGGCGGCGGAGAGCGGAGUCGUGGAGUCCUUGGAAGAGAUCCUGGCCAGGCACAGGUGAGGGAAAGCCCAUGUCUUAGGAUGAAGCUCCCUGGGUUUAGUGUUCGACAUCUGUUCUAAGGCGAUUAUCAUGCCCCUCGACGAGAAACCUGCUUUUUAGGAAUGCGAAGCAGUCUAUCUGAUCGGCUUGCUCAGCUUGGAGCUGUUCAUGCGGAUAACGCUAAGACCUAGUUUGCAAUUGGUGGAUCGGCGCGUUUUCGUUAAGAAAAUCAUAUUCUUGUCUGUAAGUAUGUACACAGGUGGCUUGAUGCUUCAUUUGAAUGAUUUAUCUGCGCAUCAGAGUUCAAACGGUGGAUUGGGGAUUGGGGAUUAGUCGGAAGAGUUCAAACGUUGGGUGCGCUUGUUGAGUAUGAUAGCCCAUGGCUACUCUCCUCUUGAGCAUUUCUGCUGCUUGUUUUCAUGUAGUUUCCAAAAGAAAGCUGUUUUCAGCUAGAAGCCGAGUCUAUCCUAUCGAUGAUGGUGAGGAGCAUACUAAAUUUGGAAACACUUGCUGAAGGCGGAAGACAAGAAAGACAAAUGUGAAGUUCUUUGUGGGGGUGCGAGGGAGAUUUCGUGGGCUGGGGAUUGCGAGGCCUAAUUUAUCAGCAACACAUAGAUGCAUACUCUUUGGUAUGAUUUUUUUUUAAUUUGGGAACGCUCAUGAAGUUAUGUAAUGAGUAGCAUGAUGAAUAUUUUUGGAAGUGAUGUGGAUUUAAUGGGCCGGUGAUACAUGGGAACUUCAUAAGGAGUAUCUUUAUGGCAGUGGGGCUUAGAAUUUUUAGGGCCUUGGGAUGCGAGUAUGAACUCUUCAUCUUUCUUGAGACUGUCACAUUCAUGGAAAUGAUCUUGUUACUGGUGUGAUCCCGAUGAAAAGCCUCCAUUGAGCAAUGCUACUGGUAUCAUUCAUGGAUCCUUUGCGUAAUUCAUGCGAUAAAACUUGGCCUGGUUGAGGCUCCUACCCUCCCACCCACACAGAAGUUGGCUGCAUGGUCAUAGCGUUAUUGGGACUCAUUAAUGUGCAGAUCAUUGAAGAUCACUAGAGGAAUAGUCAGUAGGAAUCUGGGGAGAUCUUGUGCACAGUGAUGCCUCACCAGCAUUGGCAGCAUGAAGCUCUAUGUGCUGGCCAAAGAUGGGAUGGGAGUCCCAAUUUACUCCUCACCACCAUGGGUAGCAUAAAAAAUAAUUUUAGCAUUAAUUUGAUCAUCUUUUCAUAGGACAUAAUAAACUGGAGGUUUUUUCUAAAAAUAAUUAAGUGAUUUCCCCAUUAUUUUGUCUCUUGGUAAUAUAUAUACGUUCCAUUAAAUUUCUUCCGGGAUUGCCUUUCUGUGUCCAUUAGGUGGACUGUCUGAGUCUACAGCAUUAUAUAUCUCUGAUUCUCAUGAUUGCUACAUGGUUUAUUUCUCCAGAAAAAAAAAAAGCAAAAUUGAAAUUCCUUCAAGGAGAAACCAGAGCCCAAAAAUCGGUUUUUGUGUGUUGUUGUUGUAAGUUUUGGGAAAAGUAGGCAGGAUUAUAUUGAGUUUUUCUUUUGCCCUUGAUGAUUAUGGAUGGUUGUUGUACCAUGCAACUUCUCCCACCAGUUAGUUCUUCAUGAUUCUGGUGAAUUUCAGCAGACUUGAGGGCUUCAUCCUCGGAUUUUUUGAUCCUUAGAACAAUAAUGAUGUUUGCAUGAAAUUUUAAGGAUAAAAGCUUGUUGUAGAUACAUUCUUUAGAACAUUUCAAAUCUCAAAAUGUUUCAAAAAUUGGGACAUAAUCUACAUUGAGAGUCCGUAAAUUAUAUACAGGAAGGAGAUCGCUGAGCUUCAGAACAAGGAGAUAAACCUGAAGAAAGCCGCUGCCAAGGGCAGCAAGGCCGAACAGAAGGCAAAGAAGAAGCAGGUGGAGGACGAGAUUUCUCAUCUUCUGUCAGAGCUCAAAGCGAAACACUCCGAGGAACUGGCUUCCCGGGGUUACAAGAAGGCCGAGACCAAGGAAAAAGGUGAUCUGGACAACUUGGUGUUGGCGAUCGCUGGGGUCUCCGUCGCCAGCCAGGAGAACCUGGCAAAAGUCAGCAAGAGCGUAAAGAGGCGUGUGAAGAGAGCUCAGAAGGAAGCAGAGAGAGAGCAGAGGAUCGAGGAAGAACAAACCAGCAUCAUCAGCGAUCGGAUAGUUGAGAACAAGACAUUGGAGAAGAAGCUUGAACCGCUCGGACUGGUGAUCCGAGAGAUAAAGCCCGAUGGGCACUGCCUCUACCGGGCCGUUGAGGACCAGCUGGCCAGGGGCCCAGACCACCAUAUCUCCCCACAUGGCUACCUCGAGCUCCGGAGGAUGGUGGCCACGUACAUGAGAGAGAAUGCCUCGGAGUUCCUUCCCUUCUUCCUGUCAGAAAGCAAGGCAGAGGCCGACUCCGGUGAGUCCCUGCCCGAGGUGUUUGAGAGGUACUGUGAUGAGGUGGAGCACACGGCGGCAUGGGGCGGGCAGCUUGAGCUGGAGGCGCUGACCCAUUGCCUGAAGAGGCAUAUUGUGAUCUUCUCCGGCUCCUUCCCAGAGGUGGAGAUGGGGAAGGAGUACAAGACCACUGCCCGAGGAGGUGGCUCCCCGGGCCCUAGCAUCAUUCUGUCUUACCACAGGCAUGCCUAUGGGCUCGGAGAGCAUUACAACUCUAUCGUCCCGGCUGAGAUCAGGUAG